AUGGCGACCCCGCAGGCCAUUGAGCUCGCAAAGACGCUGCCCCCGCGGCUACUGCGCUUCUUCCAGCGCCAUCCCCCGCCGCAGCUCUUCCCCACACUCACGGCGCAGAUCGCCGCGACGCCCGCGGACACGCCCAGCACACCGUCCACCAGCACACCGUCCACCAGCACACCGCCCCCCACAGCCGCCGACACAACAGCCGCCGACCCAGAAUCCUCCGCCCCUGCCCUCACCCUCCCCAACCCCUUCCAGCCAACCAAGAACCACCUAACAGGCCGCUGGCACGGCCCCGUAUACGGUCUCCGAAAACAAGCCGACCUAGUAAAACUCGCCUCCUCGCACGGCGUAGUCGACCUGCUCCCCUACACGAUCAAGAAGCCCGGCGCAAAAGAGGCGCGGCGGCUGGAGCGCGGGCUAGCCGUCAAGGGCACGGGCGCCGGCCAGCGCGUCAAGGGAAAGCUGUGGGAGCGCACGCUCAAGGGAAGGCUGGAGAUGAGGAGGCAGGCUAUGCUGGAUAUGCCAAGGCUGAUACAGGAGUGGAAACAGAAAGGGCAUGGGCGUGGGUGGACCAAGUGGCCCAGCGGCAAGGCGAAGAAGUAG